UUCGGCAGCCUCAUCUCAGCUUGAUGAUGAUCGCUGCCGUGUUUCUGGUCCUCCUCAGGCCGCUCAGUCUUCAGUGCGCGCUGCUGUUGUUGUUGCUUUUGCUCGGGACGGUUGCCACUAUCUUGUUUUUUUGCAGCUGGCAACGCAACGUCGCUCGGGGGAAGCAGCCCAUCAAAUCAGUGCUGUCAGGGCGCUCCAAGAGCCGCGUGGGCCUCCGAACGCAUCAUUUUCGAUCAGAGGGCUUCAGACACAGUCCACGUCACUCCAGGAGAAGCUCACAUGCUCGGGUGACGGAGGAAAAGUCCAAUUUAAUCGAGGUCCCUGGCAAUGAGCCGGAUUCCUCAUCGAUUCUCAGGAAGCGCAAAGUGAAGAAGCGAGUCCUGCCAGAGUUUUAUCAGUCUGUGCAAGUCACCCCGACACGCAAAACUAGCUCCUGUUCGAGGAACCCUUCCCUCCACUCCAUGUCUUCCUCCGCGGAUUUAUCCGAAGAGGAAGAUUACAGCGUCAAAUCUGGGGUGGCAUCGCCGGCACCUGGCGACACUCUGCCAUGGAACCUGCCCAGACACGAAAGGUCCAAGAGGAAGAUCCAGGGGGGCUCCGUGCUGGAUCCGGCAGAGAGAGCGGUGCUCAGGAUCGCAGAUGAGCGAGACAGAGUGCAAAAGAAGACUUUCACAAAAUGGAUAAAUCAGCAUCUGAUGAAGGUACGGAAGCAUAUAAAUGACCUGUAUGAAGAUCUGCGAGAUGGACAUAACUUGAUCUCGCUGCUUGAGGUCUUGUCUGGAGACAAACUGCCUCGGGAGAGAGGAAGGAUGCGCUUCCAUAGGCUCCAGAAUGUACAAAUAGCACUGGAUUAUUUAAAGAGACGGCAGGUCAAACUUGUAAAUAUCCGGAAUGAUGACAUCACAGAUGGCAAUCCCAAACUAACCCUGGGGUUAAUUUGGACCAUAAUACUGCACUUUCAGAUCUCGGAGAUUCACGUCACAGGCGAGUCCCAGGAUAUGACUGCCAAAGAGAGGCUGCUGCUCUGGUCCAAGCAGAUUACGGAAGGCUAUGUCGGUGUUAGAUGUGACAAUUUCACAACCUCCUGGAGGGAUGGGAGGCUCUUCAAUGCCAUCAUUCAUAAAUACAGACCCGACUUAGUUGACAUGAGCCGAGUGUCCACGCAGACCAACCGAUCCAAUUUAGAGAACGCAUUCGGUGUGGCUGAGCAACUGGGAGUGGCCAGACUGCUAGACCCAGAAGAUGUAGAUGUCCAGUCUCCUGAUGAAAAGUCAGUCAUCACAUACGUCUCAACGCUAUAUGAUGCCUUCCCGAGAGUACCUGAAGGUGGAGAAGGAAUUAGCCCCAAUGAUAUUGACAUCAAAUGGGUGGAGUAUCAGAACAUGAUCAAAUACCUCAGUCAGUGGAUCAAACACAAUGUGACCGUAAUGUCCGAUAGAUCAUUCCCCAACAAUGCUACUGAACUUAAGGCACUUUACACACAAUACCUGCAAUUUAAAGAACAGGACAUCCCACUGAAGGAAAACGAGAAGACAAAAAUCAAAACUUUCUACAAAAUGCUUGAGGUCUGGAUCGAGUUUGGACGCAUACAUUUACCGCCUGGUCAUCACCCAAAUGAUGUGGAGAAGGAGUGGGGCAAAUUAAUUGUUGCCAUGCUGGAAAGAGAAAAGAGCCUGAGGCCUGAAGUAGAAAGGCUUGAGAUGCUGCAGCAAAUUGCCAACAGGGUCCAGCGAGACUGUGUUCAUGGCGAGGACAAGUUGGCGCUGGCAAGAAAUGCCCUGCAAUCUGAUAUUAAACGUCUUGAAUCUGGCAUCCAAUUCCUAAAUGAACCAGAGAUCGCCGGCUACCUUUUGGAGUGUGAGAACAUCCUGAGACAACAAGUAUUGGACAUACAAGUUCUUUUAGACGGGAAAUUUCCAUUUACAAAUCAGCUAGUUCGAAGGGUAUCAAACCUGCGAGAUGAUCUUCUAUCCCUGAGAGCGAAGUGUUCCUCUGUGUACAGCAAAGGCCGCACCCUAACAACAGAGCAGACCAAAAUGAUGAUCUCAGGCAUCACACAAAGCCUAAAUUCUGGCUUCUCCCAGAACAUCAGCUUAACAGCAGCCCUUCCUCCUGUACUCACCCAGGGAGGGUUAGAUACCCUCACAUUCACCUCGAGCCUUACACCGUGCCUGACACCGUUCUUGACCCCUGGGCUGCAGUCCACUUCAGAGAAAACCUACAUGAGCAGCCCUGGUAGCAUGGAGCUAGGCGGCCUCAGACAUAUGACACACAUGCACAUCCCCAAGCCCUUAAUGAAAUCCUCACUGGCCGAUUCCAGCUUGACAGAAGAGGAGGUGAACAUGAAGUACAUUCAGGAUCUGUUGAACUGGGUGUCAGACAUGCAGUUGCAGUUGGAUCAUUCAGAGUGGGGAUCUGACAUGCCAAGCGUGGCGACGCACUUGGAUAACCAAAAAGCAGUGCGCAGAGCCAUCGAAGAAUUUCAAAUGAGUCUGAAAGAGGCCCAACUGAGUGAGAUUCAGAUGAAUCUACCCUUGAAACUAACCUAUUCAGAAAAAUUGAGCAGUCUAGAGAAGCAGUAUGAGAAAUUAUUGAAGUGUUCAAAGGAGCGACAGAGUCAACUCGAGAGCCUGCAUGACUUUGUGUCGCAGGCAACACGUGAGCUCAUCUGGCUCAACGAGAAGGAGGAAGAGGAGGUCGCCUUUGACUGGAGCGAUCGCAACAGCAACGUAUCCAAGAAAAGAGACUACCAUGCUGAGCUGAUGAAGGAGCUGGAUGAAAAGGAGGAAGUGAUCAAGUCUGUGCAGGACUUAGCAGAGCGUCUUCUUUUUAACAGCCACCCAGCCAGGCCAACUAUUGAAGCAUACAGAGCUGCCAUGCAAACACAGUGGAGUUGGAUCCUUCAGCUGUGCUCGUGUGUGGAACAGCAUCUCAAGGAGAACGCUGUUUAUUUUGAGUUUUUCAGUGAUGCCAAAGAAUCAAUGGACUUCCUUAGGAGCUUGCAAGAUGCCAUUCAGAGAAAGUACAACUGCGACCGAACUAGCAGCUUGCACAGACUGGAGGAUCUCAUUCAGGAAUCUAUGGAAGAAAAAGAGCAGCUUCUUCAAUACCGCAACACUGUAGCCGGGCUGAUGGGUCGGGCCAAGAAUAUUGUGCAGCUCAAGCCCAGGAACCCUGACAGCUCUUUUCGAUCGUCUAUCCCUGUCAAAGCCAUCUGUGAUUAUCGACAGAUAGAGAUAACCAUUUAUAAAGAUGAUGAGUGUGUGCUGGCUAAUGACACUCAUCGGGCCAAGUGGAAAGUCAUCAACCCUGCAGGCAAUGAGGCCAUGGUGCCGUCUGUCUGUUUCACUGUGCCCCCUCCCAAUAAAGAAGCUUUGGAUAUGGCUUCAAAAACGGAACAGUUAUACCAGAAUGUCCUUGCACUUUGGCAUCACUCCCACAUCAACAUGAAAAGUCUGGUGUCUUGGCAUUGUCUCAUGUCUGAUAUAGGCGGCAUCCGCCACUGGAAUGUAGCCUCUUUUAAAACAAUGCUACCAGGUGAGCAUCAGCAAGUUUUGAGCAACCUUCAGUCUCAUUUUGAUGAGUUCCUGGAAGACUGUGAGGAGUCUGAGGUGUUCACCGUGGCAGACUGUGCUCAGCUAGAGAGGGACGUUGGGGGCUGCAAGGAAUACUACCAAGAACUCCUCAAAUCUGCAGAAAGAGAGGAACAGGAGGAGUCUUUGUACAAUCAAUACAUCUCAGAAAUACGCAACUUCCGAAUGCAUCUGGAGGCCCAUGAAGAGCACCUGAUCAGGCAAAUCCGGACACCUCUGGACAGAGACGACAUAUACCAGAGUCUGCAGCGCAUCACUGAGCAAGAGAAGAAGAUGGAUGAGCUGAAUAAAUUUAAGGAAGACCUGGACACCCUGAGGGAGAAGUGUGAGCUGUUCCUCAGACAAGCUGCCAGCUUUCCAUUGGCGCCAACUCUCUCCUCUGAACUCAGCAUUGUUGUUCAGAACAUGAGCCAAGUGCACUCUAUGUCUUCUAUUUACAUGGACAAACUGAAGACAGUGAGUUUGGUAGUGAAGUACACCCAGAGUGCAGAGGAGUUAGUGAAGGCCUACGAAUCAAAACUCUAUGAGGAAGAUGCUAUGAACUCUGACCUCCAGUCUAUUGAAACAGUCAUUUCUAUACUCAAGCAAUGGCGGACAGAGAUUGAUGAAAAGCAGGAAGUGUUCCAUGACAUGGAGGACGAACUGCAGAAAGCGCGACUCAUCAGUGAUCGCAUGUUUAAGGCCCACAACGAGCGUGACUUUGACCUGGACUGGCACAAGGAGAAGGCCGAUCAAGUGAAUGAGAGAUGGCGUCACCUUCACUCCCAAAUUGACAGCAGGCUGAGGGACCUGUAUGGUAACACCAAAUCUCUGAAACUUUACAAAGACUCCUACGGUAGUCUUGACGAAUGGGUUCGGGAAGUUGAGCUAGAACAGAUGAAGGCCCAAGAAGAUAAACCAGAAGAUAGCAAGGCUCUCGCUGAACUGUUGAACAAACAGAAGGUUCUUGUUGCUGAAAUCGAACAAAAGCAGAGCCAGAUUGAUGAAUGUCAGAAAUACUCAGAACAGUGCUCAUCCGCCAUAAAGGAGUAUGAGCUCCAGCUGAUGACCUUCAGAGCGAUGGUUGAUUCCCAACACAAAUCUCCCCUCAAGAAACGCAAAAUGCAGAGCUCUUCUGAUGCCAUCCAGCAGGAGUUUAUGGAUCUUCGUACCCGCUACACAGCCCUCGUGACCCUCAUGACGCAGUAUGUGAAGUUUGCAAGUGAAACCCUGAAGAGAACAGAAGACGAGGAGAACAAAAUGGCUUUUGAGAGAGCAGAAAAUGCAAAAAGGACAGAGAGCAUGGAGCUCCAAAAAGCUGCUGGGGAUAUAAAACAUAGUCAACUUAAUCUGCUGAGAUCUGUGGAUGAAGAGAAGCGAGAGCAUGGUGAUAAAGUUAGAAAACUAUUAGAUUGGAUGUCUAAUGUGAAACAGAAUGUGAGCAAUGAGGGAAAUGCUUUGAAAGAUAGUAAUGCCAACACAGAUGCUUCAAAUAACCCUCAGAUCUCAGUGGAGGAAAUGGUUACAAAGAAAGAGCAGAUUGCAGAAGCGAUUAGGGCAACAGAAAUGAUGCUGAACAAACACUGUGAAAAGAUGACAGAAGAGGAGAGUGAAAAAGCCCAGGAACAGUUGAAGGACCUCAGCCAGGCUUACAGUGAACUAUCCCAGCAUUGUUCUGAUCAUCGCACACCUGCAAAUGAGGAUGUGAAAUCCACCCGCAGCAUUGACUGUAUUUGGACCCAGGCAAUAGACGGCCUCAGUCAUGACAUAAUAGGCCUCCUCCUUCCGACCUCUGACCUGGCUCAGUCUCAACCCCAUCUCUACUGGAAUGAUGUUGUCAAACAAGAUGCUUCUGACAAAUCUACAACUGGGAAUCAUUUGCAGGAGUUAAAUAUGGAGAACAAGUGCAUAGAGGAUUCACAUGUGACCUCGGUGUCCAUCUGUGACGUCGCAACAGCAAUGAAGAAAGCAUCCAUGUUGGAAGACCUUGUCUUGAAGAUGAUAGAGGUCAAGCAAGUCAGUAAUGGACUGAAUGUGGCUUACUCAGGUAAUACAGUGAGCCUUGAGAUGGCGUUUCAGGAAGGGCUAAUUCCUGCUUCAGUCUACCUUAACGUUCUUCAGAGGCAAAACACCAGCCAGAAAAUGAUGGCUGACCAUUCUACUGCAAAUGAGUCACAUUUAGAAGCAAUGGAAGCUAAUAGACUGAUAUUAAAGUGCAUAAUUGAAAAUAAAUUGCUGACACCAGAGAGGGCUGUUCACACCUUGACGUCUGUCUGUGAUCUGGACAGAAUAUCAACGCUGUAUCCCACUGAGGGGAAUGUUGCUGACCCAACAGAAGAGGAUAAUUCAAGUGCAACACAAGUAGUUACUUCUUCAACUGGGAACUUACACAAUGGUGAUGGACUAAAGGUUGAUGCUGAGGUUCAAUGUGAUUUAAUGAGCUUCAGUAGUACACUCAUCAUGCUUGGGAGCAGCCAUCAGUUCAUAGGCCUUGUGUUACCUCGUUCGAAUGAAUCACAAUUUAGUGCCGCAUCAUCAGAGUACUAUGAGAAUGGCAUCACUGAUGUGUUUGACAGCAGGCUGCUCAGCAAUCGAGGGAAAAUAGCAGCUUUCUACAUUACAGAAAAUUCUGAGGUCGUGGAUAUCAGUUCUGCCGUGCAAAACGGUUACAUUGACGUUUACACGGCAGAGAUUUUAAAAUCCAUCGAAAUCCCAUAUGAGUGUCUUGAUGUUGAUCGCCUUAAUGAAAGGUUUUCUUCUUGGCUCAUGUGUAGAAAACUCAGAGUAGAUGGGUGUAGCCAUGCUGGAGAUGUUUUCACUCUUUCAGAGACAAAGCAGCUCUUUAUAUCUUACCUAAAGAUCAACAGUUACAUCGAGUCAAAGUCUCAACACAGGGUUUUAAUACUUGACAAGCAGUUAACUAAAAUGAUAAUUUUUUUUCUUGAAGAUUCAAUAUUUUCUGAUACCACUGAACACAACAUGGUGCCUUGGGUUGUCAAUGCUGGUGAUCUUUCAGAGAGGGUGGACUUAGAGGUGCCAUUCGUAAGUGAGAAAGCAGAAGAGAUGGUGAUAAACACGAAUUACAAAAUUGAUCCUCAUCAUUUUGUUCCCUCACUUGAUGGGGUACUUGAUAACACACAUGCAAAUGAUGAUCUAAAAUUUUAUUACAUGGAUGAUAGCACAUAUGUUACACUGUCUCAAACAAACACAGACUGCAAAACAUUUGAGGAUAGUUUAUAUAUAGAGGAUAGAGAUGAUCCUAAUGAUGCUUACAAUAUUCCUACUACCCAAGCGAGUCCUCUGGCGCCCGCUUUUGUAAACCAACAUAAUUCUAACUCACCAUCAAGGUGUUCAGACGAAAGCAACCAUCAACUUCCAGCACAAAUAAUUGCUGAGUCAUUGUGUAAUGCAUCAAGAAUGAUCAAUAAGACUUCAGAUGAGAAUGUGUUUAAGGGAGCAAGACAUAAUGACGCUAUUCAGUUGGGAGCACAGUUUGAAGAAAAAGGCAUUUUGGAUGAACCACCUGUCUGUGACCUGCACGGGACAAUUGAGGAGACAGUUUUGAAGAUGUUUGUUAACAAAAUUGAAGAUGAGGAAGCUAGUCCAUCCAUAUCCUCCCAUAAGGUCUUUGAUUUAGACAUUUACUUUGAGGGAAGGUUCAGCCAGCCCGACCCUGUUGAUGGAAAACUUGGUUGUAUUAAUGUGAAUGAAGGCCAAGAAACACAAGAUUCAUCCAAGAAGAAGACUGCUUUGCUGAUAGACAAUGAAAAUAGAGUUUUAGUAGUAGAUGAUGAGGCAGGAGGAAAUGUAGCAGAGAUAAGUGAUAAACAUCACCAUUCCACUUCAAUACCUUGUGGUCAUGAGCCUCUGAUGAUGUCACCCUCCUUUAGGGAGGAGUUUGCUCCAGAGUGUCACCUUCGCUUGGAAGAAUCUGCUUCACUGGCUGAUGCCACCAACUCACUUAAUGCAGUCAAUAUCCUGCUGGCUGAUAAGCAGGAUGAAUACAGUGAAACUGCUGCUCCAUCUGGCCAAUCAAGUCUGCUCAUUCCCUACAGCAGUAUUGCACUAGAAACUCACAGUCAGUCUUCCACUGGUGCCAAUCAAUGUCACAAAGUUAUCUCAAUGUUCAGUGAUGAUGAUUUCUACGAAGCUGGAAAUGUGACACAAUGUGAAUUGGACAAAUCAUCACUUCGGGUUGCCCCUUUUGUUGAGGCUGUACUGGAUGAAGUAGGCUCCUCAUCACCUGGAGACACAGUCAAGGGUUUAGAUGCACGAGGUAACUCUGUCAAAAAUGAAGAUGGCAACAGACUCCAGCAAGUUUUUCUUUCUUCAAAGACUGGUUAUGCUCUCGAACUUGAACCCAGCAACACUCCACAUAAUCUGCUUUGUGAAAGAAUUUUGCAACAGUUCAACUCAUCAUCUCUUACGUCUCUUGUGUCUGAUAAAUUUACCCCAACAAAUCAUUACAAUAAUGAAAGUUGUGGUAUAGAUGUUCUUGAAUAUUGCUCUCCAGCAUCUGUAAAGGUUCAUCUGGAACAAACACUGACUGAUUUGAGGUACAGUCCAGUACAACCAGAACAAAGACAACUAAAAGAAACAAAAGAUUCAGAGAACUAUCAUGCAUCAAGAAAGGCGCUGGUAAGAGAAACAUAUGAACAGAAUGUAAAUACGGUUGGAUCGUUUUCAAGCCCAACAACUUUACCAGACUCCACCCACAAUUCUGAUGUCAGAGUGGAACACAAAGGCAAUACACUUCAAGAUCAAAAUGGGAUGGAUUUAGAUGAAAAUAUUCAAGCAUUUACUGAUUUCCUGUCACUCAGCACUACUCCAUUACGGACUUCAAACUCUUUAAAGCCACAUGUCAAACACCAUGAGGAAGUGAUGAAUAAACCCUUUUAUGGGAGUGAGAGUGAAAGUGCUGCCGAUACAAUAAGUCAGACUUCAAUAUCAGUGGACAAAUGUGUAUCUUUUGAGUGUGAUGCUGCUUGUGUGCAUGUGGAGUCUGGGCUAAUCAGUUUAGUGGGGAAAGAUGCACCCAGUAUGAAAAGAAAUGUAACAGGUGAUGGAGAAGUCCAUCAAAGACAGUAUGGUACUCUUACCCCAAAAGAUGAAGAGGAGUUUGAUGCCCUACCCGGAAAAGAGAUAAAGGAGUCAUUUCCCAUAAUUGGAAGUGAUGAAGAUAAGUCUGAUGAUGCCCCAACUAAAAAAGAGGUAGAGGAAUCCAUUGCCACCACUGGAAGAAAUAAAGAUAAGUGUGAUGUCUCAAUCAGAAAAGAUGAAAUGAGGACUGAUACUCCAGCUACAAACAGCGAGGAGAAAUUUGAUGCUCCAAUAAAAAAAGAUGAAAAGUUAUCUGAUGCCCUAACUGGAAAUAUUCAAGAGGAAUUUUAUAUCCAAUGUAGAGAAGAAGAUAAUUUUUAUGCUCCAAUGAGAUACAUUGAGGUGGAGUCUGACAAUCUAACUAGAAGAGAUGAGGGAGUGAGAGAGUGGUAUGAUGUACCACCUAUAAAAGAUGGAGAGAACACUUUUUCUCUGAAUGGCCCAGAAGAAGAAUAUUCUGGUGCUCCAACUGGAGAUGAUGAAGAGGGACCUAAUGUUGCAAGUGGAAAAGUUGAGGAGUCCAGUGCUCCACCCGUAGGAGAUGAAAAGUGGUCUGAUGCCCUAACUGGAAAUGUUCAAGGGUCUUAUAGCUCAAGCAGAGAUGAAGAGAAUGUUUAUGCUCCAUUUGGAAAUGUUGAAAUGGAGUCUGACAACCCAACAACAAGAGAUGAAGAGUGGUAUGAUGUCCCACUUCUAAAAGAUGAAGAGAACUCAUUUUCUCCAAAUGAACAAGAUCAAGAGUACUCUAGUGCUCCAACUGGAGAUGAUAAUGAGUGGUCUUGUGCCCCACCUAUAAAACAGGACACUGAUGCUCCAACAGUAGAAGGUGAAGAGGACACUGAUGCUCCAAUAGUAGAAGAUGAAGAGGACACUGAUGCUCAAAUUAAAAAAUAUGAACAGGGGUCUCAUAACCCUGCUGGAAAGGUUGAAGAGCAGUCUGAUAUACCAAGUAAAAGAGAUGAAAAAGAUUAUGAUGCUCCACCGGUAAAAGAUGAAGAGAGAUCUGAUGGCUUAGCUAGAAAGGAGAAGCUAGAGCUCAUCAAUUUAGUUUGCAAAGAUGCACAAAGUGUGGAUAAACCUGAAACAGGACACCAAGAGGGAAAAGCUCAUGAAAUGCAGCCUUGUUCUCUAACAGGGAAAGAUGACAUGAGUGAUGAGUAUGAUGCACAAACUGGAAGAAAAGUAGAGUCAAAUGGAACAAGUGGAAGUGGAAAAGAUGACGACAAGUUCAGUAUCCCAACUAUAAGAGCUGAAGAAGACUUCAAUAACCUGCAAAGAAAAGACAAACAAGGGUCUGACGCCUCACUAAUGAAAGAUGAAGAUGGGUCAAAAGAUCCAACAAGAAGAGCUGAAAACAACUCUCAUGAUCCACGUAGAAAAGAUAAAGCGGAGUCUCACACACAAACUGGUAAAGAAGAGGAUUCAAAUGCCCCAACUGGAAACAUUAAAGACAGGUCAGAUACCCCAAUUAAAAGAGUUGGAGACGACUCUGAUGCCUUUUCAGCAAAAGAUGAAAGGCAGUCUGAUGCCUCACUAAUGAAAAAUGAUGAGGAGUCUGAUACCUCAACUGGAAACAUUGAAAAAGAGUCUAAAACACCAACUAGCAGAGGUGAAAAAGAUUCUGAUGCUGCACCUGUAAAAAAUAAAGAAAACGAUGUUGCGCCAACCACAAAAUAUGAAAAGGUGUCAGAUGCCUCACUCUUAAAAGAUGAAUGGGGGUUUAAUGACUUAACUUUAAAAGUUGAAGGGGAAGAGGUGUCUCAUCCCUCAACUAGAGACAAAAAAGACUGUGCUGCACAAUCUGGUAAACAAAAAGACAACUUUGUUGCUCCAAAAGGAAUAGAUGAAGAGGGGUCUGAUGCCCAACCUAUAUCAACACCAAAAGGCCCACCUGUAAAAGAUGAAGACUGGUCUCAAAGUACAAUUAGAAACAAUGAAGAGGGUUCUCCUACUGUGACUGAAAACAUUUACAUGGAGUCCCAUACACCAACUAAAAGAGAAAAAUACUUUAAUGUACCACCUUCAAAAGAUAAAGAGGAUUCUGUAGCUCAAACCAGAACACAUGACGAGGAUUCUGAUGAAAAAGGGUUUCAUAGCCCACAUGGAAAAGAUCAAGAGACCUAUUUUGCUCUACCCAGAAAAGAGGAGUACAAUUUCCUACCUGUAAAAUAUAGAACGGGUUCGAAUGCCUCUCUUCUAAAAGAUGAAGCAGAGUAUCACGACACAACUAGAAAUGUUCAAGAGUGUGAUACCCAAACUAACAAAGACAAAGAGUGGUCUCAUCCACUAUUUGUAAACUAUAACGAGGACUCUGAUGCUCAACCUAGAAAAGAUAAAGAGUCUGAUGCCCCAACUGGAUUAGAUAAAAAUGGGUCUGAAGUGUCACUUUUAAAAGAAUCUGAAAUGCCAGCUGCAAGCAUUGAAAAAGAGUCCAGCACCUCGACUAGAAGAAAAGAACAAGACUCUGACAAAAAUGACGAAGGCUCUGAUACCCCACCUGGAAAGGUUCAAGAGAAUUAUUUUACUCCAACCAGAGAAGACAACGAGGAGGUUGUGUUUAUAGGGAGGACACCUGUAAAAUAUGAAAAGGGGUCUGAUGGCUCACUUCUAAAAGAUGAAUUGGAGUAUGCUGACACAACUCAAAGAGUUCAAGAGUGUGAUACCCCAACUGUAGGCAAUAAAUACUGCUCUCAUAACCCGUCUAGAAAAGACUGUGAUGCUCAAACUUCAAAAGAUGAAAAGGAGGCUGGUGCCCUAACUGGAAUAGAUGAAAAGAGGUCAGAUGUUCCACUUUUAAAAGAUGAAGAGUUGUCUGAUAUGCUCACUGAAAGCAUUAAAGAAGAGUCCAGUACCCCAGCUAGAAUGAAUGAACAAGACUCUGAAAAAGAUGACGGCUCUGAUACGCCACUUGGCAAUGAUCAAGGGAGUUGUUCUGUUCUGACUGGAGAAGAUGAAGAGGGGUUUGAUGCCCUAAGUGGGAUAGAUGAAAAGAGGACACAUUUCUCACUUUUAAAAGAUGAAGUGUUGUCUCAAAUGCUAGCUGGAACCAUUAAAGAGGAGUCCAGUACUGUGACUAGAAUUAAUGAACAAGACUCUGAAAAAGAUGAUGGCUCUCAUACUCCACCUGGAAAUCAUCAGGGGAAUUAUUCUACUCCAACCAGAGAAGAUGAGGAGUUUCACCUUCUUCCAGUAAAAUAUGAAAAGAGGUCUAAUCCCUCACUUCAUAAAGAUGAAGUGGUGUCUCGUGACACAACUGAAAAAGUUCAAGACUCUAAUAUCUCAACUGUAAGAAAUGAAGACUGGUCUCAUACCACAACUAGAAAAGGCUUUAAUGCUCAAACUAGAAAAGACGAAGAGGCGUCUCAUGCCCCAAGUGGAAUAGAUGAAAAGGGGUCAUACAUCUCACUUUUAAAAGAUGAAAAAGGGUCUGAUAUGCCACCCAGAAGCAUUGAAGGAGAGUCCAGUACCCCAGCUAGGAUAAAUGAACGACACUCUGAAAGAGAUAAAACCUUUCAUAACCCGACUGGAAACAUUGAAGAAGAGUUCCAUAUUUUAACAAGAAGAGAUGAAGAAGACUCUCAUACACAUCAUACAAAAGAUGGCGAGGGUUCCAAACAGUGGUCUAAUACCUCGAAUACCCUGUCUAGAAGAGAUGAUAAAACCUCUGAUGCACCACUUGGAAAAGGUGAUGACUCUUAUGCACCACCUGAAAAAUAUCAACGGGGGUUUGAUGCCUCUGUAAUACAUGAUGAAGUGGAGUUGACUACACCAACUAGAGGAGAUGCAGAAGACUCUGAUGUCUUACCUUUAAAAGAUGAAGCAUCAUCUGAUGCCCCUCUUUUAAAAGAGGAGAACUUUCCAACUGGAAAAGAUGGAGAGGAGUCUGACAGUGAAGACAACUCUAACACACAGCCUGCAAAAGAUGAACAGAACUCAGAUUCUCCAAUCGGAAACGAUGAAGCGCAGUCUGAUGCACCAACUAUCCAGGUGCAGUUUCUACAAAUACUUAAAAGUGUUUCUUCAGGCCAAAACCUCUCAAUGCUACAGGAAGUGAUGGCAAGCCUUCAAAGUUCUCUAGGGAGUGACACGCACACCCUGGAAUGCAUCAAGGAGGAGACCUCAGAGGAUGAAUUUCUGACAGAAUUGUCUCCUAAACUCUCUGCCAACAAUGUGGAGAAGACCAAGAAUCCGCUCUUCUCUACCCAGGAUUACCUAGAGUGUGUUGGUAGACUUCAAGAUCAUGCUGAUGUUUUAGAUGACGUCAGAAAAGACCUUUUAAUUGUGGAACCAACUGGCACCAAUAUGGAGGACUUGGAGAUGAAAAUAGAUGAAAUCCAGUCACGGGAGUCCCAAAUCUCCUUACUGGCUGAUGUGCUGACUGAAGAUAUGGAAAAAGCCAAACUGCUCUUAAAUACUUCUGAUAAGAACAUUCCCACACAAAUCCGUAAAGAUCUGUCUUCAACAUAUGUGGAAUUAGAGCACAAUUUUAGUACAAUUUGCCAAGUGUAUGCAGAAAGGACUCAGUCAUUAUUUCGAGCAAUGGAAACUAGGAAGGCAUAUUUGGAAUCAACAUACCAAAAACAUCUUGCUGAUCUUGAUGUGUUAGCGGGCCUCAUCCAAAAUGAGUUAACUAUGGCAGAUGCGGAUUUCAACACAUGUGAUGUGGAAGCACUGAAAAGCUGCAUACUAAAAACCAAGGACACAGAGAGUCAUCUGAAUCAGGAGGCCAAGCUAAAACUAGAGGAUGUCACAUUUGCUGUCCAGGGUUUUAUAUCUGAGCAUGCUCACUUGUUGAGUCCCGCUCAGAGCAGUUGCCUCCUCAAGCGCCUCAGCAGCACUCAGAGAGUCUUCAGGGACCAGACGGACAAACUUGUCACCCUGAGGUGCACCUUAGAUGUCCUACUGGACACCAAGGAGAGGGAAGACCAGGAGAAGUCCAUAUUGGAAAGGCACCAAGAGAUAGCGGACAAGUUAAAAGAAGUGUGCGAUUGUCUCACUUUGACUGAGAACCGUCUGAUUGGUCACCAACAACAGGCUGACAAUGCAGAGUGCAUCACAGACCUGCAGCAGUACCAGCAGGAGCAUCAGGCCUUGCAAAAACACGUCUUGACAAACGCCAGCGCUUUGAAUGAGGUAAUCACCGGAACUAAAAGGUUUCUGGAGGAAAAUCAGGGCAAGCUGACGGUGAACCAAAUUGCUGAUCUUGAGACCAAGUUGGAAGAAGCGACAAGCAAGGCCAAGCUUAUCCAAAAGCAAGCUGAGGAGUCUAGAAAGGAUUUAGAGAAGGUUGUUACCACUGCUAUAAAACAGGAGAGUGAGAAGGCUGCAGCUGUCGAGCGUCUUGAGGAAAGCAAGAACAAAAUAGAAGGUCUACUAGAGUGGAUCUCCAACAUUGGGGAUAAAAAUGAAAGAAGUAUUGAUGAAACAGACCUCAUAAGCAAAGAGAAUGGAAACCUACCAGAGGAAACAUUAGACAAGUUACAGAAAGGAGAGAAGGACGACGCUAAUGGAAACACUUUGCGGCGAAGUGAAAGUGAUUUUGAUGGGCAGAGCGACGCCUGCAUCGACAAGCAGUAUGAAAGAGUCAAGGCUCACCAUCGGGAGAUUCUUUCCCAGCAACAGGAUUUGAUCAUGGCCACCCAGUCGGCCCAGGCUCUUCUGGACAAGCAAGCCAAUGUUCUGUCUCCUGAGGAAAAAGACAAACUGCAGAAGAACAUCCUGGAACUGAAAGGACGCUACGAUGCCUCCCUCACCCAAGCGGAGCAGCAGAUGAAGCGGGUCCAGUGUGUCCAGGAGGAGCUGAAGAAGUUUCAGAAUGAUUGUGAAGAGUUUGAAGACUGGUUAGCGCAGACCGAGAGCGAGAUGGAGCAGUUAAGUGCUUCAGCGGGUUCCCUAAAAAUCCUCAAUGAUAAACUCAUCAGACAGAAGAGCUUCUCAGAGGAUGUCAUCUCUCACAAGGGCGACCUUCGUUUCAUCACCAUUUCGGGCCAGAAGUUUCUGGAUGUGGCCAAAUCAUGUGGCGUCGCUGACCCAAUGUCUAAAAAUGGCCUGCUGCAAGUGGAUACUUCAGCAACCUGUUCAGCUGUCAAGGAUAAACUGGACUCUGGAGCCAGUCGAUAUAAGACACUUCACUCACAGUGCAACCAGCUUGGCAACAAUCUCAAAGAUGUUGUUGAGAAGUACAAGAAGUAUGAUGACUCCAGCACGGGUCUUCUAAAGUGGCUUAGGAGCUCUGAGGAGGAGGCGAGGAAACAGCAGUCUGAGGCCAUUGCUGCUGAGCCGCAAAUGCUGCAGAUACAGCUGGAGAACACCAAGGCUUUACAAGGUCAGAUGAGUGGACAUCAGACUGCUAUUGACACGCUACGCAAAACAGCUGAUUCCUUAAUCACAUCUGAUGGAAACCUGCUCAGCAACCCAGAUGAGAUCCAGGAGACAGUAGAUGACAUUGUGGAGCGCUAUGACAACUUGUCCAAGUCUGUGAGUGAUCGCAAUGAGAAGCUGCAGAUCACGUUGACGCGCUCUAUGAGUGUUCAGGACGGACUGGAUGAGAUGAUGGGAUGGAUGGAGGGAGUGGAGACCAGUGUGAAAGAGAAUGGAGAAAUUCCACUGGACUCUGCAUCCAUCACAGACAUGCUCAGCAAAGAAACAGCCAUUGAGCAGGACAUAGCAAGUCGUCAGAGCAGCAUCUCAGCCAUGAAAUCUAAAGUGAAGAAGUUUGUGGAAACAGCCGAGCCCUCCUCUGCGGCCCUCCUGCAAUCCAAGAUGAGUGCCCUCUCCCAACGCUUCUCGGACACCUGUGAUAAGCACAAGCAGAAAGUUUCACGCCUGGAACAAUUUAAAGACAAAGUGGAGCAGUUUGAGAAGGUUGCAGAAAAUGUCCAGCAGUUCAUAGUGAAGCGUUCGCAAGAUUUGCAUGAGCCUGACGGGCCAGGGAAAACAUUUGAGGAACUCUCUGAGCUAACACAGAAUAUGAAAGCUGAGAUGGCUGAACAUGCCAAUAAUUUGGAGAAGUUGCAGGCUCUGUCCAAAGAGCUGUGUGACAUGAGCAAAGAUGGUAACAGAGCACAGAUCCAGAGCAAGAUGGACAAUCUCUCAAACAUCUUCAGCACCUUCAAAGACACUGUCAAAGAAAAGGAGGAGGAGGUAUCAUCCUGUCAGGACCUGCUGGGAGAGUUCAGGUCUGCAGCUAGUACUCUGAGUAAGUGGCUGGAGGAGACCAGUGAGAAGGUGCCUGUGGAGCAGAGAAAUUGCAGUGCUAGAAGUUUGGAGAAGGACCUCCAAAUAGUCACUGCAUUACUGGAAGAAUGGACGUCUAGAGACGCAGCUGUGCAGGACUUGAACAGCAGAGGUUCUUCCCUAUGCAGUCGCAUUGCUAUUGUCACAUCCCCUGCCAAAGCUAAGAUCCCUAACAAAACAGCUCUUACUAAUGGUGGUGGUCCAGCGAGCCAUUCCUACCUAACCAAUAAAGAGCUGAUGACAAUUCAGCAAAAUAUGUCCUUCGUCAACGAGGGCUACUCCUGUCUGGGUGACACACUGAAGAGUCGAGCCGCCGAGCUGAAUGGAUCCGUGCGGGAGCUCAAGGAUGCCAAAAAGGAGACCGAAAACAUGAUGACAUGGCUGGGGGACAUGAAAACGACGGCCGCUUCUUGGAAGAAUGGUGCCACGGAGAAAGAUGCAGUGAAAACACAACUUGAACAACAGAAGGUGUUUGAAGAAGACAUGAAGCAGAAGAAAGACCAGCUCCACAAGCUGAGGGAGAAACUCAUCAACUUGAUUGAAACUCAUCCAAACUCCCACGAAGCAGACACAUGGAAGCAGAUGUUGGCAGAGAUAGAUGCUGCUUGGGCAGAUAUCAGUGGCUCAGUGUUGGAGAGGAAGCAGCACCUGGAGCAGUCCAACAAGAAUCUCGACAUCGUCCAAAGCACUCAACUGCAGCUUGGCCAGUGGCUGUCAGAGAAGGAGCUGAUGAUGAGUGUACUUGGACCGCUCUCAAUUGACCCCAACAUGCUGAAAAUGCAGAAGCAACAAGUCCAGAUUCUCCAGAAUGAGUUCAAGAGCCGCAAGCCUCAGUUUGAGCAACUCAAGGAGGCUGCUUCUGCCAUAUUAAACUCGUCAGAUAACCAGGACCCCUCAAACGGGAAGCUGGUGAAGGAGCAGCUCACUACUGUCACCGAAAAGUGGCAAGGGCUUAUAGGGCAGCUGGAUCAGCGAGACGGCCUCAUUGAGCAGGCCGUGGUGAAGACAGGACAGUUCCAAGAGCUGCUGAGGACUCUCGGCCAGACCGCUGCGCAGCUGGAGGAUCAGCUCGGCAGGCAUCAGGCCAGCAGCACCCAACCCGAUGCGGUGAAGAAACGGCUGGAGGACGUCCACAAUAUCUCAGUUCAGCUGAGAGAGGAGAGGGAGAAGCUGAAGCAGGCUGAAGCCGUUCAUGCAGAGCUCACAGCAAUGGUGACUGAGGACUAUCUCAGAGCUGACUUAGACCGACAGCUGGAAAGUGUCAGCAAACCAUUCAGACAGCUGGAAGAAAGAGCAGCCAAGCAAAUUGAGCAGCUAAACUCGACCUUCGCCAGCUCCCAGCAGUUUCAUCAGACAUCCAAAGACUUCCAGUCAUGGCUGGCUGAGAAGCUGCAGGAGCAGUCAAAGCCUCAGUCCAUUUCUGCCAAAGUGGACAUCCUGCAAAAAACUCUGGAUGAGCACAGUAAUCUACAGGUGGCACUCAGCGAACAAGAGGCCACUUACAGUACAAUAGCAGGGGAAGGCGAGAUGCUUCUGCAGAGCACUGAUGGUGCAGAAAAGUUGGCACUGCAAGGUCAACUGUCUCUCCUCUCAUCUAACUGGCAGAAGGUGAAGAAGAGCUCCGAGCUGCAGGCUGACAAACUUAAGGCUGCCUUACAGAGAGCUCAAAAGUUUGACGAGCACGUUGAGAAGCUUAACUCUUGGGUGACGGAGUGUGAAGCCCAUGAGGGUCGAGUCAAACUCGCUGUUGAGCCAGCUGCCUUGGAGAAUGCUGUAGCUCAAGUGAAAGCUCUUCAAAAAGAUGUGGAUAAACACAGAGGGAUGGUAGAACAGAUGAACACUGCCGUAGGGAGUCUUCUUGAGGUGGCUGACACCGACUCGGAAGGAGUUAAAAAAGAGGCGAUGAGCAUUUCUAAAAGAGUGGACUGCGUAUUGGAAGGUCUUCAGAACAAAAGAGAAUCCUUGGAAAAGAUCUCACAUGCAAUUAAAGAAUUUAAUGACGGCGCCAAAGAGGCCAAGGCUCAACUUGAGGGCACUAAGAAGCUCCUGGAUGGUUAUGAAUCACAGGGUGUGCAGGCCUACAGCAAUAAGAACUUGACCAGCAUGAAAGCCCAACAAAAAAGCCUAGAAGGAGUGCAAAACCAAGUAGAACACCUUACGAGCUUGGCAAAGACCCUUGUAGUUGAUCUCCCAGAUGCUGAUGGAGUGACAGACUUAUUACUGCAAGCUGACAACAUCGAAAAGGAAUACAGCUCCCUUAACAAGAAGCUAGAGGAGACGUGCCAGGUCCUGGAAGGUAAAUUGCAGGGCAUUGGGCAGUUCCAAAACAGCAUCCGCGAGAUGUUCACCCGCUUCACAGACCUGGAUGAUGAGUUGGACAGCAUGGCUCCGGUGGAUGUGGACUUGGUUGUUCUUAAGGAGCAGCAAGAGAACAUUGAAAGCUUUGUAGCACAGCUGCAAGAGCUGAUGGUCAACACAGCCAAUGCAGAGGAUGGCUGUAAGAGGAUGCUCGAGACGGACUCUUCUCCUGACCUGUUGGGCUUGAAGAGAGACCUGGAUGCGCUGAGCAAGCAGUGUGGCAAGCUGAUGGACCGAGCCAAAGGCAGAGAGAGGCAAGUGCAGAGUACUCUCAACAAGCUGGAAGAGCUCUGUGGAAAACUCCACUGUGUGGAGGAUCAACUCUGCAGAGCUGUGGACAAGGAAGCGUCUCAAGGAGCGGUCGGCAUGGAGACAGACAUCAUCAAACAACAGCUGGAGGCAUUUAAGGCUUUCCAAAAGGAAGACAUUGAUCCAUUGCAGACACAACUCCAAAACAUCAACUCCCUCAGUCAGGGGCUUAUCCAGAACGCCGCCAGAGGGACCAACACGAAGAUGAUCGAAGAUGACCUCGAGAAGGUUAAUACAAAGUGGAACACGCUUAAUAAAAAGAUUGCUGAGCGCUCAGCCCAGCUGCAUGAAGCUCUGUUGCAUUGUGGAAGGUUCCAUGAUGCUCUGGACUCUCUGCUCAGCUGGUUGACCGACACAGAGGAACUCAUGACUAAUCAGAAGCCACCUUCUACAGAGUUCAAAGUGGUCAAGGCACAGAUACAAGAGCAGAAACUCUUACAGAGACUGUUGGAUGACCGUAAGCCCACUGUGGAGCUGAUAAAAAAUGAGGGAGAGAAGGUUGCGGAACUGGCAGAGUCUGUGGAUAAGGAAAAGGUUGCAAAAGAGAUGCAAUCCCUUGGGCAAAGGUGGGACACUUUGCUCAAGAAAGCUGAGAACAGGCAUAAGCAACUCCAAAGCAUUUUGGUGGUCACCCAGCAGUUCCAUGAGACCCUGGAGCCCCUGAGCGACUGGCUCACAGUCACAGAGAAACGCCUCUCCAACUCAGAACCAGUCGGCACAGAGACAUCAAAACUGGGAGACCAGAUCUCCCAUCAUAAGGUCAUAGAAGAAGAGAUUAUGAAUCACAGUAAAGACGUGUUUCACGCCAUCAGUCUGGGUCAGAUGCUCAAAGCUGUGAGCUCAGUUGAUGACAAGCACUUUGUUCAGUCCAAACUGGACGCCACGCAGGCCGCUUACAUUGAGCUGCAGGAGCGCUGCAGGAGGAAAGCCGAGAUGCUGCAGCAAGCCCUAGCCAACGCCCAGCUCUUUGGAGAAGACGAGGUGGCGCUCAUGAACUGGCUCAGCGAGGCACAUGCACGGUUGAGUGAAGUGUCUAUGGAGGACUACAUAGUAGAGACCCUUGAAAACCAGAUGGCAGAACAACUGGCUCUACAAAGUGAUAUUGAAUUGAGGAAGAAGAAUGUUGACCAAGCCAUCUUCAAUGGGAUGGCACUGUUGAAGCAAACAACAGGUGAUGAGGUAGUUGUUAUCCAAAUCAAAUUGGAUGGAAUAAAAACAAAGUAUGCUGAGAUCGCCUCCAUGAGUGACAAUGUUUUGAACCAAUUGGAGCGUGUUUUGAGUCUCUCCACAAAACUGCACCAUACACAUGAUGAUCUGAGGUCCUGGCUGGUGAAGGCAGAGGCUCAGGUCAGUUCUUAUGUGGAUCAGGAGCCAAUCGGCAAGCAGCUCACUGAAGCUCAAAAGACUUUGCUAAAAGAGACUAAAGACCAAAAAGCUGUAGUGGACAAGUUGAAUGAGUUGAGUACCUUCCUCCUGGAUCUCAUCCCCUGGCACACCCGAGAAGGUCUUGACAAGCUUGUAACGGAGGACAAUGAGCGGUACAAAGCUGUCUGUGACAGUAUCACUCAGCAGGUCGACCAGAUCAACGCCGACAUUUUCAAGUCACAGCAGUUUGAAGAAGCAGCAGAUUCUGAACUAGCAUGGCUUACUGAUGCUGAGAAUAAGCUACUGUCCAUGGAGGAGAUCAAACUGGGGCAGGACCAAACUGCAGCCCAGCUACAAGCACAUAAGGUCUUCUCUGUAGACAUUAUGAGGCACAAAGACUAUGUGGAUGCAAUAGUCAAAACAGGAAAAGCCAUCAUGAGCAGCAAAACGACAGAGGAAAAGGAACUGUUACAGGCCAAGACCCAGACUCUGGUGAAGAAGUAUGGUGCGGUGAGUCAACUGAACUCAGAGCGCUGUCUGCAGCUGGAACGAGCCCAGUCUCUCGCAAGCCAGUUUUGGGAAACCUAUGAAGAAUUGUCACCAUGGCUUCAGGAAACCUUGAAGACCUUCAACCAGCUGCCCCCACCCGCCAUCGAGUAUGACAUGCUUAGGCAGCAACAGGAGGAACUCAGGCAAAUGCGAGAGCUGAUUGCCGAGCACAAACCGCACAUCGACAAAAUGAAUAAGACUGGACCUCAGUUACUGGAACUGAGCCCAGAGGAAGGGUUGCCCAUCAGAGAGAAAUACACAACGUCUGAGCAGCUUUACACAAAACUCAAGGCUGAUGUCAAAAUGAGAGCUGCUGAGCUAGAUGAGGCCAUCUUCAAAUACACUCAGUUUCAUGAUAAAAUCGACCCCAUGCUGGAAUCCCUGGAGCGGAUAGCCGAGCGCCUGCGUCAGCCGCCCUCCAUUUCAGUGGAGGUGGACAAAAUCAAGGAGCAGAUAACAGAGAACAAAUGUGUCGGCAUGGAUCUGGAGAAACUGCUACCUUCCUAUGAGACCUUGAAGCAGCGAGGUGAAGAGAUGAUUGCACGGUCAGAAGACAGAGAAUUAUCUGCCAAAGCUGUACAAGAAAAACUGGACCAUAUGGUGUUCCUGUGGACCGAUAUCCAAGUCUUGUUGGAGGAACGGGAGGCUAAGCUGUUGGAUGUGAUGGACCUUGCUGAAAGGUUCUGGUGCGACCACUGCGCUCUGAUGGCCACCAUCAAAGACAGCCAGGACCUGCUGAGGGAGCUGGAGGAACCAGGAGUGGAUCCUUCAGUUGUCAAACAGCAGCAGGAGUUUGUGGAGGGUUUUAAGGAGGAGAUUGAUGGGCUUCAAGAGGAGCUGGAUUCGGUUCGAAGCCAGGGCUCUGAGCUCAUGACAGCCUGCGGAGAACCUGACAAACCUGUGAUAAGGAAAAGCAUUGAUGAGGUGAACUCUGCAUGGGAAAAUCUCGAUAAGACUUGGAAAGAGCGAGUUGAGAGGCUCGAGGAGGCAAUGCAGGGUGCAGUGCAAUUCCAAGAUGGCCUGCAGGGUAUGUUUGACUGGGUAGAUAUCCUGGAGAGCAAACUGGACUCCAUGUCACCUGUGGGUACAGACCUAGAAACUGUCAAGCAGCAGAUUGUUGAGCUCAAGGAGUUCAAAGUCGAAGCGUACAGGCUGCAGAUCGAGAUGGAGCGCCUGAACCAUCAGGCAGACCUCCUCCUGAAGAAGGUGACCGAGGAGUCUGACCGUGGCACCAUCCAGGAGCCGAUGUACGAGCUCAAGAUGCUCUGGGAAAACCUGGAUGAGAAGCUCAUCAGCCGCCAGCACAAACUUGAGGGAGGCCUUCUGGCACUGGGACAGUUCCAGCAUGCACUGGAUGAGCUGCUGGCCUGGAUGAGCCACACAGAGGAGCUGCUCAAUGAGCAGAGAAAGGCUGGAGGAGACCCCAAAGCCAUUGAGAUUGAACUGGCCAAGCAUCAUGUCCUCCAAAUUGACGUAUUAGCUCACAAGUCAACAGUCGAGACGGUGAACAAAGCAGGGCAUGACCUAGUCCAAUCCAGUGCUGGAGAGGAAGCUUCUUGCUUGAGGAGAAAACUGGAGAACCUCGACCAGCGCUGGAAAGCCAUCCUGGAGAGGACGAAGCAGAGGAAGCAGCAGUUGGAAAGUGCUCUUCUUCAGGCCCAGGGUUUCCAUAGUGAGGUGGAAGAUAUGCUACAAUGGCUGAAAGACACAGAACGUCAGCUGUUGGCAUCAAAGGCUGUGGGUGGCUUACCAGACACAGCCCGCGAGCAGCUUAACGCCCAUCUGGAGUUGUGUUCUGCCUUGGAGGUGAAGGAGGAGCUGUAUCAAGAGCUGAUGACCAAAGGUCAACAGCUGCUCGCUAUGAUGCCUGAGGGAAACACAGAGCAGGACCUUGCCAACCUGAAGGACAAAUGGGAAGCCACGCUGGCCAAAGUUGCUGAAAGGAAGGUGAAACUGGAGGAGACCUUGACCCUGGCCACAGAUUUCCACAACUCUCUGCAGGACUUCAUCAACUGGCUGACCCAAGCAGAGCAGACGCUGAACAUGGUGUCGCCCGCUUCUCUGAUUCUGGAAACCAUCCUGUUUCAGAUUGAUGAGCAUAAGAUGUUUGCGACUGAGGUCAACUCUCACAGGGAUGACAUCAUCGAGCUUGACAAGACAGGCACUCAUCUGAAGUACUUCAGCCAGAAGCAGGAUGUGGUUCUGAUCAAGAACCUGCUCCUCAGUGUACAAGGUCGCUGGGAGAAGCUGGUCCAGCGAUCUGUGGAACGUGGUCGUGUGUUGGAUGAUGCGAGGAAGAGAGCGAAACAGUUCCAUGAAAACUGGAGUAAACUGAUGGAGUGGUUGGAUGAAUCUGAGAAGACGCUGGACUCUGAGGUGGAAAUUGCCAAUGAGCCAGACAAAAUCAAGAAUCAGCUGUCUCAACAUAAGGAGUUCCAGAAGGCUUUGGGCAGUAAGCACUCAGUGUAUGAUACCACUGCACGAACUGGACGAGCACUCAAGGACAAGACCUCACUUCAGGAUGAUAAUCAGAAACUGAAUGACAUGCUGAGCGAGCUGAGGGACAAAUGGGACACUGUUUGUGGAAAGUCCAUAGAGAGGCAAAACAAGCUGGAGGAGGCUCUGCUUUUCUCUGGCCAGUUCAAAGACGCUUUGCAGGCUCUCAUUGACUGGCUGUACAGAGUGGAGCCUCAGAUGGCUGAAGACCAGCCAGUUCAUGGAGACAUCGACCUGAUUUUGAACCUGAUAGACAACCACAAGGUUUUCCAGAAGGAGUUAGGAAAGAGGACAGUUAGCGUCCAGGCUCUCAAACGCUCAGCCAGGGAGUUGAUUGACAGCAGUCACGAUGACUCCUCCUGGGUCAAAGUACAGAUGCAGGAGCUGAGCACUCGCUGGGAGACAGUGUGCAACCUUUCAGUGUCCAAGCAGGCACGUCUGGAGCAAGCCCUGUGCCAGGCUGAGGAGUUUCACUCCACAGUUCACAUCCUGCUGGAGUGGCUGGCCGAGGCAGAGCAGAGUUUGCGUUUCCAUGGCAGCCUUCCUGAUGAUGAAGAGGCUCUACGCACACUCAUUGACCAGCACAAGGAGUUCAUAAAGAAACUGGAAGAAAAACGAGUUGCUUUGAAUAAAGCCAUCGGUCUGGGCGAAGCUAUUCUGAGCAUCUGCCAUCCUGACUCCAUUACAACCAUCAAACACUGGAACACAAUAAUUAAAGCACGUUUUGAAGAGGUACAAGCCUGGGCCAGGCAACACCAGCAACGACUGGCUGCAGCUCUGAGCGAGUUCUUAGCCACUCAGGACCUGCUGGAGAACCUGCUGACCUGGCUACAAUGGGCUGAGUCUAACCUGAGUGACAAAGACAAGGAAGUCCUACCGCAGGAGAUCCAGGAGGUCAAAAGUCUCAUAGCAGAGCACCAGGCUUUUAUGGAGGAAAUGACCAGGAAGCAACCAGAUGUUGACAAAAUCACAAAGACGCACAAAAGGAAGGCUGCUUUGGAGCCUCAGAUCCACUCUCAGAUCCCCGUGCUGGACAAAGGAAGAGCUGGAAGAAAACGUUCUCCCACUCAAACCAUGUACGCAUCAGCGACACAAGCACCCAUUGAAACCAAGAACCCGCGAGUCAACCUACUGGUCAGUAAGUGGCAGCAUGUGUGGCUGCUGGCCCUGGACAGGAGGAGGAAACUCAACGAUGCUUUGGACAGAUUGGAGGAGUUGAAAGAGUUUGCCAACUUCGACUUUGACGUGUGGCGGAAGCGCUACAUGCGCUGGAUGAACCACAAAAAGUCUCGCGUCAUGGACUUCUUCCGGCGCAUUGACAAAGAUCAGGAUGGCAAAGUUACAAGACAGGAGUUCAUCGAGGGCAUCCUGUCCUCCAAAUUCCCGACUAGUCGACUGGAAAUGAGCGCCGUGGCAGACAUAUUUGACCGGGACGGUGACGGCUACAUCGACUACUACGAGUUUGUUGCGGCUCUUCAUCCCAACAAGGAUGCCUACAAACCUCUUACAGAUGCCGACAAGAUUGAAGAUGAGGUGACACGUCAAGUGGCCAAAUGCAAAUGUCCAAAACGGUUCCAAGUGGAGCAAAUUGGUGCCAACAAGUACAGGUUUUACCUUGGAAACCAGUUUGGUCUGGUUCACUGCUUACAUGACUCCGUAGUCGGCGAUGAGACAAUAGCAAACAGAGAAAAUCAAAAUCUAAGCCCUCACCUGCACGUUGCAGUUUUGGAAAGCUGUAUCCUGUUUGGAGACUCGCAGCAGCUUCGCCUGGUGCGCAUCCUGCGCAGCACUGUGAUGGUACGUGUGGGCGGAGGCUGGAUGGCCCUGGAUGAGUUCCUGGUGAAGAACGACCCCUGUCGAGUUCAUCACCACGGGAGCAAAAUGUUGCGCUCGGAAUCAAACUCUUCAAUUACACAGUCUCCUAUAGGUUGGCAAAUCUCACACUUUCUCUCCCUGCUCCAUGAACCCACCAGUGCUAAAGGCAGGACCAACAUGGAGCUGCGAGAAAAGUUCAUGGUCCCCGAGGGCACCACGCAGGUAAUGGCAAGCUUCCGCUACCGAGGCCGACGCUCUCGUCCCUCGUCGAGGGCGGCGUCGCCCAACAGGUCCGUGUCCAGCCAAUGCUGCGUCUUCCCGUCCAACCCGGCAGUGAAUAGCACUCCCAAGACGUGCCAACACAUAAGCCGCAAUUAUGAUAAGCCAUGGCUUACAAACAGCAAACCCGCCACUCCACUUAAAUCAUCUGACUCCUUCGGGAGCCCAGGUUCAUCGUCAGAGACGACACCAGUUCAAGGCAGCAAGUUGCGUCUUCCUGGCUACUUGUCGGGAAAAGGAUUUCAGUCAGGCGACGAGGGAACGUUAAUCAACGCUGCCGUGCUCAAAGCUCGGGGACAGGCGCUCGGCGAUUCGAGGAAAAGCUCGAGCCGACCCGGAAGCAAAGCAGGAAGCAGAGGCAGCAGUCGUAGAGGCAGCGACGCCUCUGACUUCGACAUCUCAGACAUCCAGUCGGUGUGCUCGGACGCGUCGGAGACGGUUGGCGACGGCACGCGGACAACGCCUCGCUCGGCAUCCCGACAACAUGGGGGGAAGCCCUCCAAGAUCCCUACACCACAGAGAAGAAGCACUCCCACGAGCAAACUGGCCAAGGGAUCCAAGCGAUAGUCAGUUGCCUUGAGAACAGAUAAAUGCCACAAACACUGGAAUUAUCUAAAUUAAGUGCAAAUGUGCUGAGUGUUAUUUAAAUUGUUGCUGAGUUGUAAAAUAUUCCUUUUCAGAGGCAAUAUGAUUGAAUAGUACGCGUGAAUGGAAUGUUGAUGGCUUAGUGUAUUUGUUUUUAAUGUAUUUUAUUUUUGGUGACAAUGUGAAAUAUUUUUUAUUGUAUUUUAUUUGAUUGAGGCUGUCAAGGUUUGAUGGUCUCUGGGAAAUAAUACUCAAGAGAAGUUACUGAAUGUACUUUUGUCAUGUAUGUGCUCUGGACUUUGGAGUAGCAUCACGCCGCCGUGUGUGUGUGUGUGUGUGUGUGUGUGUGUGUGUGUGUGCGCGCGCGUGUGGCACCACAAAUAUUUAUUUAUAAGUGCUAACAAUGUGCUUUCAAGGGCAAUGCAAUAUAACUACGGUAAGCACUGCGGGAACCUUUAACAACACUAUAAGUAGCAGAAACCUUGCAGUCACAAAGUCCUCCGUUUGCAGACCACUUUGCAGCAUCAUGUGAGCCCCGUCACGUUGACACUCUCUGUCUAGGCACGUCGCUUCAUUUCAGUUAUUACUGUAACAUUAUUACUUUGUAAUAAACCUGCUUGCACAAAGCUACCAGAAACAAAGA